AUGCUACUUGAAACGAAGAAAAAGCGGAAAUGUUGCUCGUUCGCUCCACUGGAGGAAAUUUGGACGAACGCGAUGGGAAGAUAUUGUCGAUUUGUGGCUAUCCAUCCCUGGCCUUUCAUCAUUCUGCCCACCAUCAUAACGACAUUUCUGGCUACAGGUUUUCUACAAAACUUUGAAAUCGUUCGCGGAGUGCAUUGGUUGUAUUCACCGUUGAAUGCUCCAUGGAAAAAUGAGGAAGCGAUUUUGCAAAAGAAUUGGGCUGGUGAUGAUGUGCAUUUCUAUCCAGGUAAAGAUGUUCUUCGACGAAAAGGGAUUUAUUUAUUGGUGGAAUCGCUUGAUGAAGGCUCGGUUUUAAGGCCACGAGAAGCGGCUGAUAUGUUAAUUUUAAUGGAUUUUGUCACGAAUUCGACUUUCUCUAGUAAAAAUGGCUCAUUCUUCUCCUAUCGUGACAUAUGUUUACGUUUUCAAGGCGAUUGUUUUCUCAAUUCACAUGCAAAAAUGAUUGCCUCUAUGUUUGCGAAAGGGGAUCAAAAAAUAUUCAACGUCACCUUUCCGCUGUUUAUGUCAAAAUAUUCAAGUGAACCAGUGAAUUUGGCGAAUACAUUGGGCGGUGUAACCCUUGACGAGAACGAUCAUAUCAAAGGCGCUAAAGCGUGGAUGCUUCUUUUCAACUUAAACAACACGACAAAGAAAAUCCCGAUUUCUUUGUUGCGAGUGUCACAUUUUCAUUCAAACACUUUAGACAAAGAGUUGGCUGAAUCGAAUACGAGAUUGAUACCAAAAUUCUCAGUGACAUUCUCUUUAUUGAUCAUUUUCUCCGUUUUAUGUACGUUUAAUACAAAAUGGGUGCAUCGUGAAGGAGUCACAUUUCCAGUGGUCGACUGGGUUCUUUCAAAGCCAGUGAUGGGUAUUGUUGGUGUUGUGGUGACAGCAAUGGCUGUUCUCUCGGCGAUGGGCGCUUGUCUAAUGUUGGGAAUCACUUUUGUCGAUAUGUGCACUGUGAUGCCGUUCUUGAGCUUGACUGUUGGAAUCGAUGACACAUUCUUGAUGUUGGCCGCUUGGCACGAGACGAGCCGGAGUCUCAGUGUUGAGGACAGAAUUGAGCAGAGUAUGCGACACGCGGCCGUCUCAAUCUCGAUCACUUCACUCACCGACGCGCUCGCUUUUCUCAUCGGUGCCAUUGCACCGCUGCCAGCUGUGAUGUACUUCUGCUAUUAUUCAGCCGCCGCAAUUUCUUUCAUUUUCCUUUACUCGGUAACGAUUUUCGUGGCGAUUCUCAGUUUACAAGGACGUUUGGAAUCGAAAUUUCUGCACAAUAUUACGAUGCAGAAAACGAGAAAUCUAGCAUUGAUAGAAAAAACCAACUGUUGCGAGCGCUUUUUCAACAUGGGAAGUCGUGUGGAAAGACAAACGAAUCGAUCUUUCAGUCUUGAGCGAUUAGACACCCGUUUAUGGUAUCAGCGCUUCUUUGAGGACAAAUUCGCUCGACUCUUCCAGUUACGGUGGCUUCAAUUCGUGACGAUUCUUGCAAUGAUUGCUUACGGAAUUGGUGCCUAUUUCGGAGUGAAACAGUUGACUGUGGGAUUUGAUCUGACGAACAUCGUCUCCCCAUCAUCUCCUGCUCGUCGCUUCCUCGAGAUUCGAUCCGAACUUUUCCCUGAUGAUGUCACUCAUUUGGAUGUGGCUGUAAUGAGUCCACCAAAUCUUGGAAAUAAGGAAAAUCGUGAAGCUUUUGAACGAGUGAUUGAAGAGUUCGAGGAUCCCCUUUGCACUUUGGGAAGAUCGGGCUCAGAUUUCUGGCUUUUUGCCCUAAUCGACUACAAUAAUCGCCUCGGUUUCCCGAUUGAUUGGAUAAAUUUGAAUAUGACUGCGGAGGAGUUCACCCCAACUUUGGAGAGUUUCCUGAUGUCUAGCGAUCGAUAUAGUUACGAUAUUUUGAGAGAUCAGAAUAAAACGAUCACAGCUUUCCGAUUCUCAGUGACUUUGCGAAAAGUGCCUUUCGAUCAGCACAUCGUUGAUUGUGCACAGAAAAUGAGAAAAAUUUGCUCAAAAUACCCGUCAUACGGUCUUGUCUCCUACUCUCCUUUGUGGAAUCUCGCCGAUCAAUUCGAGAUUAUGUGGCCACAAACGAUGCAAGAUCUUUAUAUAUCUAUUGCUGUCAUGGUGCCCGUGGCGCUUCUAUUCGUUCGUCAGCCAUUGUGCGCGUUGAUGAUCUCGCUGAACAUUGCCAGCAUCGCUUUUGGAGUGCUCGGCUUUAUGAGUUGGUGGAAUAUCAAUUUGGAUUGUACUUCGAUGAUAACUAUCGCCAUGUCAGUGGGAUUCUCGGUUGAUUUCGCUGCACAUGUCACUUUUGCUUAUAUGACGGAAAAGAGGGAGAUUCCCGGAGAGGAAAACUCUGCCUUUUGCCAUCUUGCUGGUGCACUUGGUGCUGUUGGUUGGCCGGUCAGUCAGGCUUCAAUCUCCGUUUUAUUGGGUGUCUCGAUUCUUGCCACCGUUGACAGUUACGUCGUGCAGACAUGCUUUAAAACCGUCUUUCUCGUGAUCGUCUUUGGCUCAAUUCACGCACUUCUUUUCCUACCAAUGGUCCUCUAUUUGUUGCAUUCGUUUUACAAUUAUUUCAAGAAAUUGAAGCAAAAACGAGCUGUGCAUAUUGCUGGACAAGAUUCCACCUCGAAUUCGACCGUUUCAACGCAA